AUGGGCCCUGCCCUCACCAUACGCUCGACCCAGGUGGUCGCCGGGUACGCUUCCCUCGCGGGCUCUGCCGACUUCGAGAAGAUCCCCGGGCACCAGGGCAUCAAGCCCACCGCUGCCGACGCUUCCAAGUGCCCGCAUGCGUCCAAGGCCCUCGCGGCCGCUCGCAUGGCCGAGGAGCUCGCGAGCGCAAAGAAGGGUAAGGCUCCCAAGGUCCCUGCUACCGCGGCCGCUCUCAAGGCUGCCGCUGCGCCUGCCGGGUGUCCCUUCCACGCCGCGGCCGCCCCUGGCGUACCGUCGACCUCCGAGGCCAAGCCCGCUGCUGCCACUGGCGGCUUCAAUUACGAGAAGUUCUACGCCGAGGAGCUCGAGAAAAAGCACCAGGAUGCGUCGUACCGCUACUUCAACAACAUCAACCGCAAGGCGAACAAGUUCCCUAUCGCCCACACCGGAGACCCGAAGGAUGAGGUUGAGGUCUGGUGCGCGAACGACUACCUCGGGAUGGGUAACAACCCCGUCGUUCUUGAGACUAUGCAUCGCACCCUGAACACUUAUGGCCACGGUGCUGGUGGUACCCGGAACAUCGCCGGAAAUACCGGCAUGCAUCUGGCCCUCGAGGCUGAGAUCGCUUCUCUACACCGCAAGCCUGCGGCGCUUGUCUUUUCGUCCUGCUACGUUGCCAACGACGCGACGCUCACGACGCUGGGCCAAAAGCUCCCUGGAUGCAUAUAUUUCUCUGACAACAUGAAUCAUGCGUCCAUGAUUCAGGGCAUGCGUCACUCCGGUGCCAAGCGCGUCAUCUUCAAGCAUAACGACUUGCAGGACUUGGAGAUGAAGCUGGCGCAGUACCCCAAGGAGACUCCCAAGAUCAUCGCCUUCGAGAGCGUCUACUCGAUGUGUGGUAGCGUUGGUCCCAUUCCGGAGAUCUGCGACCUGGCGAAGAAGUAUGGUGCCCUCACCUUCUUGGACGAGGUGCACGCCGUCGGGCUUUACGGCCCUCGCGGCGCUGGUGUCGCUGAGCACCUCGACUACGAGGCGCACAAGCGUGCUGGUCAGAGCCCCGACCCCAUCCCCGGCACGGUCAUGGAUCGUAUUGACAUCAUUACUGGUACUCUUGGCAAGGCUUACGGCGCCGUUGGCGGUUACAUUGCGGGCUCCGCGGACUUCGUCGAUAUGAUCAGGUCUUACGCCUCCGGCUUUAUCUUCACGACGUCGCUCCCUCCCGCAAAUAUGGCAGGUGCCCGCGCGAGUAUCGCGUACCAGAAGGAGUACAACGGCGACAGGCAGCUUAAGCAGCUGAACGUCCGUGACGUCAAGUCCCGCUUCGAGGCUCUCGACAUCCCCGUCGUCCCCGGCCCCUCGCACAUCGUCCCUGUUCUUAUCGGCGACGCCGCCAUGGCGAGGCUCGCGUCGGACACCCUGCUCGAGAAGUACAACAUCUACGUGCAAGCCAUCAACUACCCGACCGUCGCGCGCGGUGAGGAGCGCCUCCGGUUCACUGUCACCCCAGGCCACAACAAGGAUCAGAUUGCACGUCUUGCGCAUGCCGUCGACAAAGUCUUCACCGAACUCGGCUGCAAGCGUACUUCGGACUGGCGCAAGGAGGGUGGCCGCGCUGGUGUUGGUCUCGCCGACCCCAAGCCCAUUGAGCCGAUCUGGUCGGAUGAGCAGCUCGGGCUGCUCGAUGGUACCGCUCCGAGGGUCCUCCGUGAGGGAGAGAAGGGCGUCAUCGAUCCGCGUGCGGUCCGCGUGACGCGCGAGAAGUUCAACGACCUGCUUGGCCCGUACGUUCCGUCGCCCAUCGAUGCGCUUACCAGCCCGGUGUCGGUUCCGCCGUUGGCCACGUCGAUCUCGAAGUCUGCGUCAGUCACGGCUUCUACGGCGGCCUGA